GUUUCUAUUCCGAUUUUUUUUCCUGGGAUUACCAAUUUUGACAGCUAGUUAACAUCAAGCUACGCUUACACAUGCAGGGUAAAAAUUAACCGUGCACUAUUUUUUAUCAAUAUUUCAUUGUAAUCGUGCAAUUCCUUAUGCUAUUGUAUGGAAUUGUACAAUUGAUAAAAAUCACCACUAGCAAGGUGUAGCCGAGCCUUUAGUGGAGCAGCUGGAAGUGACAAGGUAAAAUAUAAAUAACAACAAAACUCCCGUACUUUUCCUCGCGCAACAUUGCGCCCUCUAAAAACCCUCCAACGCUUCUAUUGCGUGAGUUGCAAAAAUGAGCCAACAGAAACCAUUGACAAAAUCAACGCCCGGUGUUAACGAUGCUGAAGACACCGCCGGCCUGGUUUUAAACACGGAUCCAAAAGUUGUCACCAAAGCGGCCGAACUGCUGCAACCGAUCCGUACGGAAGUGGUGGACAAGAACCUGGACAAGGUGCUGGAGGCGGUGAAGACCGUGGACCUGACGUGCGAUUUUAAGGGCUGCAAGCAGAAGACGAACCUCGUCGGGACGGACUGCUCUUUCUGCAAGGAUCGGUUCUGCUUCAAGCACAGUCUGCCGGAGAUUCAUGGUUGUGGCGAGGCGGUCAAACGCAAGGAGCGGGAACUGUUUCUGCACCCCAUGACCGGCAAAGCGAAAGCGGAACAGUACGAGAAGCAGAAGGCGCAAGUGCGGCUAACCCAGAAACUGAAGCAAAUGUCACUGGAGCGGAAGCAGAAACCAUCGUCCGGGGGGAGCAGCAAAACGGGCGGAAGUACUGCCAGCUCCACCAGGGGUGGCGCUUCCUCUAGCAGAGGGCGGAAGCGCACCAACAACCCAUAAAAACGAUAAUGUGGUACCGUUUCGAAAAUCUUUAUUUAAUACGAUCCUAAGUGUAUAAGUAAAUGUUUCUUUUUUUGUGUAGCAGUAAUAAAUCGACACGCG